AUGGCAGUGAUUGGGGUUUUCCUGAUAGGUCUUUUAGCUACGGUUGUUUCGGUCAUCCGAGUCAUCCAGAUUCAUAAGUUAUUCUUCGUCACACCAUCUCCAGAAACCGACCAUUUUCACACCAUUGGCCCUGUGACCUCCUCCAUUGAGGUUAACCUAGCCAUUUUCUGUGCUUGUAUCCCAGCCUUGCGCCCUCUGUUCUGCCGAUGGAUGCCGAGACUGUUUGGAGGCACGGCCAAGAAGACCAUUGAGAAAGGAUACUCGGGGAAAUACGCGACCGGCUCAUUGCGAAACCCGACAGGAGCACAAGAAGGCAACGAUAUUUCGAUCAAGGAGAUGCCUUCUCGGGCACACUGCACAGAAUUACGCAGCGUGUCUCCAACAAGUUCGGAAGAGGAAAUCAUGACGUACAGUGGGAUCGUCAGAACGACUAGUAUCAGCGUCCAGUAUGAAUCCAACACCAGCGUCAAUGACGUGGAAUCUCGACCGUCAAGCGAGUACAAAACGAGCGGCUGGCCAGAAAAAGGAACAGCGUUCUAA